AUGGCACGUUACCACACCUUUGCUACGCAAAAUGUUCUGAAUUCACAUGCCAGGAAGGUGCAUAAGAUGGAAGUUGUUGAUGGCGUGAUGGUUGGGGGUUGGAAUUUGAAGUCCUUCAACUGUAGCUGUGGUAAGACUUUUCCAGAUGAGAUGAGAAUUGUCCAGCACUUGGUCAAAGAUCAUGCGGGGCAGCCGAGGUAUAAGUGCCCGAUCCCUUGUUGCGAGCUCCUAACGUCGAAAGUCGAAGAUCUGAUCCCGCAUCUUCACAGACGAGAGCAUCUUGGGAAGAGGCCGAAGGUCUGUUAUGAGUGUAAAUUGCACUUCUUUGAUCUGGGUUUGUACACGGCACAUCGGUUAUCGGUCAAGUGCCGAGGCAACGCCGGUUUAAACAAGAAGUCGGCCGUUGACUUGGCAACGCGUUGCGGAUUUGACUUCUUGGGCUCCACGUGA